CGAGGAAAAUUCCAAUUAAACCAUCCUUUUCCUUCACUUUAUAAAUAGACAAGGGAGUUAACAAGAGUGAAAGAGCAAACGCAAAGGAACCUUGAUAGAGAUAAGAUAGAACCACAAUCGAAUGGAUAAGGUAACCCUUCUUCUUCUCCUUCCCCUUCUCUUUGUUCUAGCCCUUGUUUCCCAGGGUCAUGCACAGUCCUGCAGUCCCUACGGCGAGGAACAUGGACAGUCCUCCAGCCCCUUCGGUGAGGGCCAUGGACAGUCCUGCAGUUACUUCGGCAAAGAGAAAGUCACACGCCUCCACUUCUUCUACUCAGAAAGAGUCACUGGAGACAAGCCUACUAUUGUGCUGUCUGCCAAGCCUGAAAACAACCCCUCUGCUGGUAUUGAAACAUUUGGGGCAUUGUCUGUCAUUGAUACACCUCUCACUGAAGGGGAAGACCUAAACUCAAAGGUUGUAGGACGUGCACAAGGACUUGUAGUGGCUGCAGGGCUGGACAAAACCAUGCUUAUCUUUGCGGUGGACUUUGAGUUCACUUCCGGUGAGUACAGUGGAAGUUCUAUAAGUGUGUUGUCAAGAAACCCUAUUUUGGAUGUAUAUAGGGAACUUGCUGUUGUUGGUGGCCGUGGAAAAUUUAGGAUGGCACGUGGCUACGCUCUUCUACGCAAAGCUAUUGCAAAUGCUGAUGUUAAUAUCAUUGAAUAUGAUGUUACUGUGUUUCAUUAUUAAUCAUUAGUGUCAAUUCUCAGUUGUACGUACGUGCUUUGUUGGUUACUUGGUUUCCUAUUUCGUUUCUGCGGUUUUGUUUCUAA